UGCGGCUAGUGUCAAUCACUGUAAUGCACGGAAAAUGCGGCUAGUGUCAAUCACUGUAAUGCAGUGGAGCACUGUCCUGGGCAUUCACGGCAGUAGCAGCGAAUGGUCACAGUUCCGCACGGCCACCACAUGGCGUCUCUUCUUUCCCGCGCCGCCGGCGCCGUCUCCCUCCUCGCCGUCGUCCUGACUGCCACCACGUCCACCUCCCCUGCGGCCGCUCUGUUCCCGGAGGAGGCGCGCCCGACGAGGUCAGGGUACCUGAGCAUCACGUCCACCAACUCGCUCUACUACGCCUUCUACGAGGCCACCGACCCGGUCACCACGCCGGCCGCCUCCGCCGUGCCGCUCCUCGUUUGGCUCCAGGGCGGGCCCGGGAGCUCCUCCCUCAUCGGCAACUUCGCCGAGCUCGGUCCCUAUCUCCUCCUCGACUCCGACACCUCCCUCUCCUGUAACCCCAACCGAUGGAACCGCCGGUUCGGCGUGAUCUUCAUCGACAACCCGCUCGGCGUCGGCUUCAGCGUGGCCGCCUCCGACGCCGACAUCCCGACCGACGAACCCACCAUCGCCGACCACCUCCUCGCGGCUCUUCAGUCGUUCAUGGCGCUCGAUCCCGCGUUCCGCGCGCGACCGCUGUUCCUCACAGGGGAGAGCUACGCCGGCAAGUACAUCCCCGCGGCUGCGUCGCGCAUCCUCGGCGCCAACUCCAAGCUCCCGAGCAACCGUCGGGUGAACCUGCAGGGCGUCGCCAUCGGCAACGGCAUGACGCAUCCGGUGGCGCAGGUGACCGUACACGCCGACCAGGCCUACUUCGCCGGGCUGAUCAACGCCGCGCAGAAGGCCGAGGUCGAGGAAAUGCAGACCAGGGCAGUGAGCCUGGUGAAAUCCAAUAAGUACGUCGCGGCGAGGAGGGAGAGGGGCAAGAUCAUAGACUUCCUCGAGAACGUCACCGGCGUCGCGACAGCCUUCAACUACGCGCGAGGGCAGCCGCACCCGACGCAGCCGCUCCGGGACUUCCUCAACACCGGCGAGGCGAAGGCGGCGCUCGGCGCGAGGAGCGACGUGCAGUGGGCGCGCCGCAGCGAGGCCGUGUCCCGGGCGCUCGCCAAGGACGUCAUGAAGAGCGCCAUCGGCGACGUUGAGGCCGUCCUGGCGUCGAACGGCACCCGGGUGCUGCUGUUCCAGGGCGUGUUCGACCUGCACAGCGGGCCGGCGUCCGUGGAGGCGUGGGUGGGGGAGCUGGCGUGGCCUGGCCUGGGCGCGUUCCUCGCCGCGGAGCGCGCCGUGUGGCGUCUCGGGGACGGGCAGCUCGCUGGGUACGUGCAGAGGUCGGGGGCGCUCGCGAACGCGGUCAUCGUCGGGGCCGGGCACAUGGCGCCCGGCGACAACCGGCCGGCCGCUCAGGCGAUGAUCGAGGGAUGGGUGUUGCAGACGGGGCCGUUCGGCGAAGCGGCAGUGCGGGACAACGUAGUCAACGAGUCCUGACUCCUUAAAUUAACUCACGGCUGGGCUUGACUUUGACUAAUUAGCAUGAGUGAUGUUUAAUACUUAUAUCCUUAUGGUUGCUCAAGCUAUUAUCACCAAUAUUAUAUAUACAAAAUGUAACGCAUUGGUAUCAAUGCUACGAGUAUGACUUUUUUGAAUUUCUCUGGGAUAAAGUCAGAGCUCUUAUGUCUUUCAUCUUUAACUGUGCAAACUUGGUGGUCUGCGGGUACUAUGCGAGGGGGUGGGGUCACUGCUUGUAGUAGUUGUUUUGAAGUCACAGUUGCUCCGCUGAGAGCCGGUUUAGUUGGGAAAAGUUGUUAGGAGAGAGAGGUCAUA